CUAUAAAUUAAGUGGCCAAGAGUCAAGAGGCUGGAGAAGAGAGCUUAGCUACAAUAUAAAACAAAGUACAGUUACACCAAACAAUACUAAGUACAAGUAGCAAAAUCAAAGACAUGAAGCACAUGUUCACUUUGUUCCUUCUCUUGUCUGUUUUCUUGCAGUUUUUCAACCUCAACUAUGCAAGAAAGUUACCGGCCGAGGACUACUGGAAGAGCGUAAUGAGAGAGCAGCCUAUGCCAAAAGCAAUCAAAGAUCUGUUUGUCCAAGAUCCAGAGGCAGCUUCUUUAUCAAGUACUGGAUCUAAUAAAAAGACCCAUUUUGUUAAGAAUUUUGAUACCAGGUCUAUUGCUGUAAUAUAUCGCAGGCAAGAUGAAUCCAAGAAAGCUAGGAAGGAGUUUAAGGAAGAUAAGAUGAAAGAAGAGAAACCCUUUUCUGAGCAUAGCAAGACUGGAAUGGAGGUUCCUACGUAACAAAGAAUCAGAAACAGAAGUUAUUGUAAUCUAUAAGAGCAUGUUUUAAAUAAUUAUGGGUAGAAAAAGGAUGUAUCAAGAAGAGCAUGUUAUAAAUUAUUAUUAUUAGUGUGCUUGUAUUA